CAGUUUCUAUCGGGUUAAUUUGUCAUUUGCAUCGUUUCUAGUUUCCACUUUUGUUGGGUGAUUUUCUUCUCUGGAAGGAUCUGUUUUUCUCUUCUUCGUCUUCUCUCACCCGCCUACUGACUUUUUUUCAAAUUUCUUCAGCAACACAUACAUACAGUCACAAGGUUUCCAAUUUUCGAUUCACGAUGGAAAUGGCGGAAGGGGAAGGAACUACAGAGGAGAACUACGACGUAGACAUCGCGACCACCGCUUCUUCAUUAGGCGGCUCCGGCGUCUUCCAUAUCAUCAAUGACAUAGUCGGAUUCGUCCUCUAUAUGCACCAGCAGAUCCCUUCGUAUGUUAUCUCUUCCUAUCUUCGUAUCUCUAUGCUUCGAUGUAUCCUUCGAUCUGGUGAUGAUGUAUCUAUUUGUUUGUUCUUCAAUCUCUCCGUUAAUUUCUCCGAUUAGUCUGUUGGUUACGAAUUUAUCAGAAGAAAAAUAGUUUCGUGGUUAUGAAUUUAUGGAUUCUGGAUGGAUUAGUGAUUAAUUCCUGGUAGGUGAGUUAUGUUCAAUUCUAGGAGAAAUUGAAAAGCUCUACGCAAUUGUGCACACUACUUCCUUUUGGUUUUAGAAUUAAGUCUGUUGUAUCCACUAUGAGUGUUUUACUGAAAACCAGAAACUUCAAUUUGCAGCUUUGGUUUUGGCUACACAAAGCUCCUUCUACCAAUAUGACUGUUGUUGGUUAUUUACAUCUGUGCAGGGUAUUACAAGACAUGAGCCUUGAAUUUGAAGGAUUGCAAACUGAAUUUAUGGAUUUGGUUGUAGGAGACGAAUCUUGCAGAACCUCAAGUGAAACCACUGGUUAGAAGAAAACUGAUGAGUAGAAAGAGAGAGGUGAAGAAUGAGAUUAAGAAACUGGAGAAACUGAUGAAAACCAUCUCUAGUCUCCGAAGUGCGCUGCAGUUAAUGAUCCGUGAAGCUCCUGGCAUUCAGAAAGUUGUGUUGAUUCUUGGUGGUAGUCCAUUACGGCCUCAAAAUGCUUAUGAGUUGUUAUUCACACAACGCAGAGACCAUGUUCUAGGCUACGAAGGUGACUUUGCUAAAUCCAAAGCUGCAGAAGCACUUUCAAAAAAGACUAUCCGAGCACUGAUCUCGACGGGUGCUGGAUCAACUUCCUACCCAGGUCCAAUGAGGCUCUUCAUAUUGGUUCAUGCUCCACCUACUUUGAAUCUUCCACAACAUUUCCUUCCUAAACGUGACUUCAGAUACAACAGAAAGUUUGUGCCUUCAAAGUUGAGAUUCAAGUGCAGAACGCAAGACAAUGCAACAAAUUCUCCUCCCACAAAUGAUCUAAUAUGGUAUCAAUGUCGACAUGUGAUAAAGGGAUUAGCUUUCCAUCAACCAGUUGAAGAAUAAGACUUUAGAGUUUGUUUGUAUCUCUCUAUUGUUGUAACUAAACCCUGUUGCAAAUUUUAGAAAAAAACCAGCAUUGUUGAAACAAUUCCAAAUCUUGAGAUGACAUUGUACUACUACUACUGCAUACUCUAAUACUCUGUUGUUUUAACAAAAUCAGGAUUGUUCAACUAUUUUAUAUUUUUG